UGUAAUGUUACCUAGGCCAGUUAUGUCCCUUUAUCUUGGCAACAUAACAACAAUGAUCAAUAAUUGUCAAUUAAUGAGAUAUGUGAUGGAUUUGCAGAGAUAAAUUGAUUUUUCUCUUCGUAUUUGUUCAGGUGUAUAUCAUACAAGACUCAUCAAUAUAUGAACAUUGGCAUAGGGACACACAAAUGCCAAAAUCACCAUGUCACAUAAAAACAAUGUGGCCCCCUGGGAAGAUGUGGAUGAUAAGCCCUCAAAUGGUUGGAAAAAGAACCCUAACCGAGAAAAAACUGAAACUGAAAUUACCAUGAGAAAACCAAAAAAACUUUCUGCAAAACAAAAAUUUAUUAGAGCUGCUAGAUUCGAUGCAUUUUACAAACAACUUGGUUCAAAGUGCAAAGAUGAACACAAAAGGAUUGACUUGGUGUUGGCUUAUCCGAAAGAAGAUAAAACGUUCUUGGAAAAAGCAGAUGAAGACGAGAUAGAGGACUACGAAAAACGGAAUUCAUUACGAGAAAAAUUUGAAGAAGCGAUGAAAGAAGACGGUCUUCAGAAGCAGAGUGUUGUGAUUGGAGACAAUGUCUAUAUCCGCAUACACUGCCCCUUCCGACGACUCUGCCAAGAGGCUGAACGUGUGUCCUUGGAAAUGCCUUUGAAUGGGUGUGAAAGUGAUAACAAAGAAGAUAACACCCCGAUAAACAGAUGGAUCAAAAAGAAGUUCAGAACUGAUAAUGAAGUUGAUUAUAUAAGUGCUCCUUUCAAGAUGGAUAACAUUCACAUAUUUGAAGAUUAUGAUGACCCAUCCAAUUUCUUCCGGCCUGCCAUGCGCUCUCUUCUGGUUGACCACAUGCUGAUCAACAUCGACCUACGGCAUCUUGGUGAAACUGGGUUUAAGAAGGGAAAAAACAAAGGUUCUGUGGAGGAUCCUGAAGGACAAAGUCAAAGCAAACAGGAUGGUGCCAAAACUGCUGGGAACUGCUGGGGCUGCAUUGAUGAAAAUGUGGAACUUGGAGAACUGCAGAAAGUUGGUCUUGACUAUAUGAUGAUGGAGAAGGUCUACACAGAGAAGUUUGUGCUUCAUGAGGAGUCAGCCUACCAUCCAGACAUGUCUAAAGAAGACAAGAAGAAAUUGCCCAAGGAUGAUGAGACUCUCAAACACGACCCUCGGCUGGACCUGACCCUGACCUGGCCGAAGAGCUUCUUCAAGUUCCAACCAUUGUGGAAGAUUCGCAACUAUUUUGGAGAGAAGAUUGGUAUGUACUUUGCCUGGACUGGGGUGCUAAUUUCCACACUAUGGCUGCCCACGCUGUUUGGGUUCGCUGUCUUCCUGUACGGACUUGUGGAGAGCAUACGCAAUACAGCAGAUUCUGCAAGCACAGGACAAAGCAACUCAACCCUCACAGAUCUGUUCGUGAACAUCAAGGGUUCAUUCGACAAUGAUGUGACACCAUUCUUUGCAAUGUUCCUCUGCAUUUGGGGUACAAUAUUUCUGGAGGUUUGGAAGAGGAAGCAAUCUGAGUUGGCUUAUCAGUGGGAUGUCGACCAGUUUGAGGAAAACGAGCCUGACAGGCCGGAGUUCUACGGGACAAAAGAAAGAAUUGACCCAGUAACGAAUGAAGUGGACUGGUAUUACCCAUUCAAGAAGCGAGCAUGGAAGAUCUGUCUCUCAACAGGAACCUUGCUCUUCAUGGUGUGUAUAGUUAUUAUCAGCGUGGUAGGUGUUAUAGUGUACCGUGUGAUUGCGACUGUUGACUACUGCCCUGGCCUCCCAGCAAGCGAGUGCCUCUUCAUCUCCACCCUGCUGUCAUCCAUUAUGAAUGCUGUGUCCAUUCUCAUCCUCGGGAGAAUAUACGACUAUGUAGCAAGGAAACUCACAGACUGGGAGAACCACAGGACAGAUACGAAAUACAAUGAUGCCCUGAUUAUAAAGUUGUUUGCCUUCCAGUUUGUCAACAACUACUCAUCUUGUUUCUACAUUGCUUUUGUUAGAGGGCGUCUUGAUACUGGCAUGUUCGGGAAUGAUAAAUACACAGACAAUUGUGAGGGGACAUGUAUGUCACAGCUCUCGUUCCAAAUCCUCGUGCUCAUGAUCACAAAACCACUCCCCAAGUUUGCUACCGAUGUUAUUAUGCCGUGGGCAUUAAAGUUAUGGCGGAAACACUGUCAGUGCUGUGCCUGCAUUCCUUUUCUAAGAAAACUCUUGAAGAUAAACACCAAGCCAGACUCCGAAAAAUCUUUGCUAGAAAUUGAAUGUGAAAAACCGACCCUCGGAAACUUCACCCUUGGCGAAUAUACAGAGAAAUGCAUCUUGUAUGGAUUGAUGAUGCUGUUUGCAGCCUCAUUUCCCCUGGCCCCGUUGUUGGCAAUCCUGUUUCUGAUGAUUGACAUCCGUGUGGAUGCGUGGAGAAUGCUCUGGGUGAACCAGAGACCUCAGGCUAUCAUUGCAGAGGAUAUAGGUACGUGGUUUGUGAUCCUGAAUUUCCUGAACUUCUGCGGGGUUGUGAGCAAUGCCUUCCUGAUUGCCUUUACUUCCACCUGGGGAAGCAAGUACAGCACGGCCGACAAGCUCUGGAUAGUUAUCGGGUUUGAGCACAUUGUGUUUUCUGUGAAGUUCCUGGUGGCAUAUAUGAUACCAGACGUUCCUGGGUCAGUGGCGCUAGCAAGACGGAAGAAACAUGUCUUAAUUCAAUCAAAAGAAACGUUUUCAAAUCCAAAAGAAAAUGGCGGAGGAAGCCUUGAAGGACAAAGAGAUGCCGCAAUCUAAAAACUUCACACAUGGGAAGAAUAGCCUUGAGUAGAGCCCAUGAGAAGUGAUGUAACUGACUGUUGGGUGGAGGGCACCUACUUCAAUAAGUUCUACUUUUUCUCAACACCAUGUAAUCAUUUCUCAAUGUACAACCUAAUAAUAUUGUAGAAGAACUUCAUGUAUACUUUAUUGUAGUUGUUUAACAGGUGUUGUGAAUAAAAUGACAUCUAUGUGUGGACAUUGAUGAGGAAUUGUGGUUUCAGGGAUAUCAAGGAAACAUCCACAUGUGCAGGCCGGCAGGCCCUGUGUCAUCUGUGCCAAUGUAGAUUUGUGUCAGUGCAUACAUUUGUAAAAAUAUCUUUCAUAAUUCAAUUUUUUAUACCUGUGUUAAUUGUAAAACCAUUCACCAUUGCAAAAUAUUCUGUUUUUAGGUAUUCAUUUUUAGACUGACACCCAAAAGAAAUAUAUGAAUCUUAAAAUUUAAUGUAAUUAAAACAAACUUGAUUUUCUUUUGCAAUUUUGAAGCACAGCUUCUUUUAUGCUGCACUCUCACAGAUUGAACAUUUUGACAACUUUUUUUUUGUCUUGAAAUGAGCCAAUUUUUGCGAAUAUCCAUGGAAACGAGUUAUACAAGACGGCUUACAAAAAUUAGAUUGCAGAUUUUAAUAUUUAAGUACAAAAAUUGAUGUUUUAUGCAUUUUUCAUAAACCGUUAUUUUAAAACGGAAAUAUGAAAAUCUGUGAUCUGAGUUUUUGUCAGCAAUCUUAUAUCACUGGUUUGCAGAUAUUUAUGCAAAAAUUUGCUCUGUCCAAAACAAAAAAUAAAAAAAGUCGUAAAAUUGGUGUAUCUGUGAGAGUGCAGCUUUAACUUGUGUACAGAAUGUUACUAUGUCUCAAAUCUUGUCUGUGAUACUGUGAUAGAUAUACCAGGUACAUUUGCCAUAUCAAAAUAAUUCUAUUUUUUAUAUAAUUUGAAAAAAUAGCAUUGUGAAAAUAAUGUUGUCUUCAUGUUAUCUAAAAUCAAUUGUGUUACAUUUUAUAUAUUAAAGGUAAAUUGUCAUAAUAUUAGCAGGUAAUACAUUAUAUGUCCGCUCAAUUUCAAGAAGACAUUUACAUGUAUUUGUAAACUCAUAUUUCAUAUCCAGUGCUUCAAGUAAGCCAAUUAAGGAGUGUUUUCUUGUGAAUUUACUAGCCUUUUUAAUUGAACAUUCUGCGAAGGUUUUGUUAAGGCUAUCAGUUGGCCUGUGUAAUGAGACGGUUUUAUUGAUGCUACCAAUUAGCCAAUGUAGUGCAUCCUCAUUCAACAGAGGAUUGACAAUGAUUUAUCUAAGGCAUAGCAUCAUUGGUCUGGUUUACAUAAAAGGUGUAAUGAGCUGGUUUUAUCCAUGCUACCAAUUUGCCUGUGUAAUGAGCUGGUUUUAUCCAUGCUACCAAUUGGACUGGAAAGAAUAAAGUUUCAUAAAUGAUACCAAUAAGCCUGUGUAAUUGGAAAAUUUUAUCAAUGAUACCAAUUAGCCUGUGUAAUGGGAAAGUUUUAAUCAAUGCUACAAAUUGGCCGGUGUAAUGUGUUUUAUUAAUGCUAUCAAUUAGUCUGUGUAAUGGGAAAGUUUUAUCAAUGCUACCAAUUAGCCUGUGUAAUGGGAAAGUUUCAUCAAUGAUUCCAAUAGGCCUGUGUUGUGGGAAAAUUUUAUCAAUGAUUCCAAUAAGCCUGUGUAUUGGGAAAGUUUUAAUCAAUGCUAAAAUUUGCAGGUGUAAUGGGAAAGUUUUAAUCAAUGCUACAAAUUGACAGGUGUAAUGGGAAAGUUUUAUCAAUAAUACCAAUUAGCCUGUGUAAUGGGAAAGUUUUGUCAAUGAUACAAGUUGGCACUUGUAAUGGAAAAGUUUAAUCCAUUAUACCAAUAAGCCUGUGUAAUGGGAAAGUUUUAUCAAUGAUACCAAUUAGACUGUUUAAUGGGAAAGUUUAAUCAAUGAUACCAAUAAGCCUGUUUAAUGGGAAAGUUUAAUCAAUGAUACCAAUAAGCCUGGGUAAUGGGAAAGUUUUAUCAAUGAUACCAAUAAGCCUGUGUAAUGGGAAAGUUUUAUUAAUGAUACCAAUUAGCCUGUGUAAUGCCUAAUGGAAAAGAAUUAUCAAUUCUACUUAUUAGCCAAUGUAAUGGGAAAGUUUUAACCACUGCUACAAGUUGGCCGGUGUUAUCAGAGGGUUUAAUCAAUGCUACUAGUUUGGAUGUUUAAUGAGAUUGUUUUUUGUAUUUUUGCUACCUAUUCCCCCCAUGUAAUGAGAUUGUUUAACCAAUGCUACCAGUUUGCCUGUGUUAUGAGGUGGUCUAACCAAUGCCACCAGUUUGCCUGUGUUAUGAGGUGGUCUAACCAAUGCCACCAGUUUGCCUGUGUUAUGAGGUGGUCUAACCAAUGCCACCAGUUUGCCUGUGUUAUGAGGUGGUCUAACCAAUGCUACAAGUUUGGCUGUGUUACCAAUGCUACAUGUUGGGCUGUGUUACAAGAUGGUUUAGUGAAUGUUACCAGUUGGCCUUUCUAAUGAGGUGGUUUUACUGAGACUACCUGUUGGCCUGAGUAAUAAGGUGCUUUUACAAAUGCUACCGUUGACCUGUGUAAUGUAUAAUGCUGACCAAAUAGAAAAAAGGUAGUUACUAAAUUGACAGGAUGGACAUUGUUUAUAAUUAUUGUAUGUUUUAUAUAUAUUAUCAAAAGAGGUUGUGCUAACAUUAUGUCACAUGUGUCUUAAUAAAUCACUUCCUUAUUAUAUAUCUCAGCUUAGUACCUCGGAUCACCAAUGUGAUAUCUGAGCAAUAAGAAAUCUCUCUUUAAUGUUAUAAACGUUUUUCUUACAGAAUAAUUUCUGACAAGUUUAUUUAGAGUUUAUUUUUAGGGUAAUCAUCUUUCGUAUACAUUUAUAUUUUAGGGUAACUUGUGUGACCUUUUACUAUCUGUUAACUUUUCUACUAGUCAUUUAUGAAUAAAAAAUUAGAAUCUUUA